AUAACAUCCCAGAUAAGAGGUAAACAUUAACCUGAGCAGCUUGUUUGCUUUGUCAGAAGCAGUUUAUACUUUACAAGAGGAACAUGGCAAAGACUUGUGUGUGGUCUAAAGGACAGAUCCUCUACAGGUAUUCUGUUAUUCUGCAACAUGCGACCAGGAGGUUUUCAGAGAGCGGCGACAAAGGCUGGUUCCGUUCUUUAUCUGCGCGCAAAGUCGAUGCCAGGAAAGAUGCCCACUCCAACCUGCUGUCAAAGAAAGAGACCAGCAACCUGUAUAAAAUUCAAUUUCACAACGUCAAACCAGAUUGCCUGGAAGCAUACAACAGUCUAGAGGCUGAGGUGCAAAACAGGCUCCAUCAGGACCAGGAUUACCCAUGUGAGGUGGUCGGAAGCUGGAACACCUGGUACGGAGAACAGGACCAAGCUGUGCAUCUAUGGCGAUACAGCGGAGGAUACCCAGCCUUGACUGAAUGCCUGAAGAAGCAGAACAUUAACAAGGAGUAUUUAGAGUUUCGGAAAGAGAGGGCGAAAAUGUUGAUUUCAAGGCGAAAUCAGCUGCUCCUGGAGUUCAGUUUCUGGAAUGAACCGUUUCCCAGACCUGGACCCAACAUCUACGAAAUGCGAACCUAUCACCUCAAGCCAGGAACUAUGAUUGAAUGGGGAAACCACUGGGCGAGGGCAAUCAAAUACAGACAGGAAAACAACGAAGCAGUGGGCGGGUUCUUCUCACAGAUCGGUGACCUCUAUGCUGUUCAUCAUUUGUGGGCUUAUGAAAGCCUCCAGUCCCGGGAGGAGACCAGGAACUCUGCCUGGCUGAAGGACGGAUGGGAUUCAAAUGUGUAUUAUACAGUGCCUCUGAUCAGAAGCAUGGAGUCUAGAAUAAUGAUUCCCACCAAGAGUUCACCUCUACAAUAAGAAAGAUGACUGAAAACUCAUUCACCUACUGCCAGAGCAACAUGUAGAUUUGUUUUUAAUCUGCUGGAUGAUCUGUAUUACAUUCAAGUAUGUAAACAAAACCAUUUUCUGAUUCUAUUUUUUGCACAGCCGCCAGCCAGUCAUGAAAAGUAAUGUUUGUGUGCAUAGAUUUUGCCCAUGUUUGCAGAAGUUUAGGUAAAAUAUGUCGAAAAAAUGAAUGGAAAACUGGCGCAAUGAAAUGCCAAAUUAUAUGCAUUACAUUACUUGCAUGUAUGUUACACUAUAGAGUGAAAAUGACAUGAUUGUGUAGAGCUAGGUGCGGUAUGUUUCCUGCUUUUUUAUCAUGAGUUAUGGUAAUGGCGCGUGUAUUUGUUUUUCACAGUGAAGGAAUAGUCUCCACCCACUUUUACGACUGGAUAUGAAUCACACUGAAUGACAUAACGCUGAGCUUCACAGCUGUGACUGUGAAACGCAUGUUUGAUAAAAUAAAACUUGUCAGACCUCA